UCGAGAAGGAACAGGAGGGGGGACUUGUGGCGAGGAUGGCUGGUUCAGCGAUCUGACAGAUCACUUUUGAGGGCGGACGCAAGAGUGCUGUAUAGCGCACCAGUGCCGCCACGCUGCUAUUCUAUCGGCUGCCAGAUGUCAAACGUGAGAUAUGCGAGGUAUACGUUCACGAUCUGCUUGUGGUGCCCUAGGCUUGCGAUUGCGUCAGCGUCGCUUUCCGUCGAUGCUGCUCACGCGCAAGCAGCACAGGAAGCAUGCAAAUCAGCCAAAUCGAGUGGGCAAUACAUAUGCGCGCAAACGGCUCUGACUACAAUCACGAAUGUCGACAUUCACAGUGAUCAUUCGAUCAGCUCGUCACGUCCACAUCUGCUUUGAUUUCGCUGCUGAAGAUGUUCUCGCAAACCAGACUGAUCGGCACUAACGGUCCAGUGCCGCAUUUGCGGGCACUCUGCGGCAUCAG